AGAAAACAUGGCUACUGCAAUUAGGGAGGUGGGAGUGUGGAGGCAGACCAGAACUCUCCUCCUGAAGAAUUAUCUAAUUAAAUGCAGGACCAAAAAAAGUAGCGUCCAGGAAAUUCUGUUCCCACUCUUCUUUUUAUUUUGGUUGAUAUUAAUAAGCAUGCUGCAUCCAAAUAAGAAAUAUGAAGAAGUGCCUGAUGUAGAACUUGACACCUUGGACAAAUCUGUCCUCUCCACCCUCGUCCUCGGAUACACUCCCGUGACGAACAUCACAAGAAGCAUCAUGCAGAAAGUGUCUACCGACCACCUUCUUGAUGUCAUAACUAUUGAAGAAUAUGCAAAUGAAAAAGAAUUGAUAGCAGCCAGCCUUUCUAAAUCUACCUCCUUUGUGGGUGUGGUUUUCAAAGACAUCAUGUCAUAUGAACUUCGUUUUUUUCCUGAGAGGAUUCCAGUGUCUUCUACUUAUAUGGAUUCACGAGCGGGCUGCUCAAAAUCAUGUGAGUCUUCUCAGUACUGGUCAUCAGGGUUUACAGCUUUACAAGCAUCCAUAGAUGCGGCCAUUAUAGAGUUGAAGACCAAUGUUUCUGUUUGGGGAGAACUGGAGUCGACUAAAGCUGUUAUCAUGGGUGAAUCUGCUGUUGUAGAAAUAGAUAUCUUCCCUCGAGGUGUCAUUUUAAUAUACCUAGUUAUCGCAUUUUCACCUUUUGGAUACUUUUUGGCCAUUCAUAUUGUAGCAGAAAAAGAAAAGAAGUUAAAAGAAUUUUUAAAGAUAAUGGGACUUCACGAUACUGCCUUUUGGCUUUCCUGGGUUCUUUUGUACACAAGUUUGAUUUUCCUAAUGUCCCUUCUUAUGGCGGUCAUUGCAACAGCCUCUUCAUUAUUUCCACAAAGUAGCUGUUUUGUGAUAUUUCUACUUUUUUUCCUGUAUGGGUUAUCAUCCGUGUUUUUUGCAUUAAUGCUGACGCCUCUUUUUAAGAAAUCAAAGCAUGUAGGAAUCGUUGAAUUUUUAGUCACCGUGGCUUUUGGAUUUGUUGGCCUUUUGAUAGUCCUGAUGGAAGGAUUUCCCAGAUCGCUCGUGUGGCUUCUGAGCCCUUUCUGUCAGUGCACGUUUUUGAUUGGUAUUGCUCAGGUCAUGCAGUUAGAAGAUUUUAAUGAAGGUGCUUUGUUUACUAAUUUGACCGACGGCCCAUAUCCUCUUAUUAUCACUCUUGUCUUGCUGGCACUUAAUAGUAUAUUUUACGUCCUUUUGGCUAUCUAUCUUGAUCAGGUCAUUCCAGGGGAAUUUGGUUUAAGGAGAUCAUCUUUCUAUUUUCUGAAGCCAUCAUAUUGGUCAAAGAACAAAAGAAAUUACAAGGAGUUAUCAGAAGGCAAUGUUAAUGGGAGUAUUACUUUUAAUGAAAUUGUGGAACCUGUUUCUUCGGAAUUUGUGGGGAAAGAAGCCAUAAGAAUCAGUGGCAUUCAGAAGACAUACCAAAGGAAAAGUGAAACUGUGGAAGCUUUGAGAAACUUGUCAUUUGACAUAUAUGAGGGUCAGAUUACUGCGUUACUUGGCCACAGUGGAACAGGAAAGAGUACGCUCAUGAAUAUCCUUUGUGGACUGUGUCCGCCUUCUGAUGGGUUUGCAUCUAUAUAUGGACACAGAGUCUCAGAGAUAGAUGAAAUGUUUGAAGCAAGAAAAAUGAUUGGCAUUUGUCCACAGUUAGAUAUACACUUUGAUGUUCUGACAGUAGAAGAAAACUUAUCAAUUUUGGCUUCAAUCAAAGGAAUACCAGCCAACAAUAUAAUACAAGAAGUGCAGAAGGUGUUACUGGAUUUGGACAUGCAGGCGAUCAAAGAUAAUCAAGCUAAAAAGUUAAGCGGUGGUCAGAAAAGAAAGCUGUCCUUAGGAAUUGCUGUACUUGGGAACCCUAAGAUCCUACUGCUGGAUGAACCGACAGCCGGAAUGGACCCCUGCUCUCGCCAUAUUGUCUGGAAUCUUCUCAAAUACAGAAAAGCCAAUCGGGUGACAGUGUUCAGUACUCACUUCAUGGAUGAAGCUGACAUUCUUGCUGAUAGGAAAGCUGUCAUAUCCCAAGGAAUGUUGAAAUGUGUUGGCUCUUCAAUUUUUCUCAAAAGUAAAUGGGGCGUUGGCUACCGUCUGAGCAUGUACAUAGACCAGUUCUGUGCCACCGAGUCUCUCUCUUCACUGGUUAAACAGCACAUACCUGCAGCCACUGUGUUACAGCAGAAUGACCAGCAGCUCGUCUACAGCUUGCCUUUAAAGGACAUGGACAAAUUUUCAGGUCUGUUUUCUGCUUUAGACACUCAUUCUAGUUUGGGUGUUAUUUCUUACGGUGUUUCCAUGACAACUUUGGAAGAUGUAUUCUUAAAGCUGGAAGUUGAAGCAGAAAUUGACCAAGCAGAUUACAGUGUAUUCACGCAGCAGCCAGCAGAGGAAGAUACAGACUCAAAAGCUUUUGAUGAAAUGGAGCAGAGCUUACUCAUUCUCUCCGAGACCAAGGCUUCUCUCAUGAGCACCAUGAGCCUUUGGAAACAGCAGGUGUUCACAGUAGCGAAGUUUCAUCUUCUCACCCUGAAACGUGAAAGUAAAUCGGUGAGAUCAGUGUUGCUUCUGCUUUUAAUAUUUUUUGCAGUUCAGAUUUUUAUGUUUUUUGUGCAUCACUCUUUUAAAAAUGCAGUGACUCCUAUAAAACUUGCUCCAGACUUGUAUUUCCUGAAACCUGAAGAUAAACCACAUAAAUACAAAACAAAUCUGCUUCUUCAAAACUCUACUGACUCAGAACUCAGCGAUCUUCUGAGCUUUUUCACAAGCCAGAACAUAAUGGUGACGAUGUUUAACGACAGUGACUAUGUGUCUGCCGCGCCCCAUAGUGCAGCCUUGAAUGUGAUGUCCGCAGAAAAGGACUAUGUUUUUUCAGCUAUUUUCAACAGUACUAUGGUUCAUUCUUUGCCUGUGUUGAUGAAUAUCAUUAGUAACUAUUACCUCUAUCAUCUAAAUGUGACUGAAAACAUCCAGAUCUGGAGUACUCCAUUUUUUCAAGAAAUUACUGACAUCGUUUUUAAAGUUGAGCUGUAUUUUCAAGCCGCUUUGCUUGGCAUCAUUGUCACUGCAAUGCCACCUUACUUUGCCAUGGAAAAUGCCGAGAAUCAUAAGAUCAAAGCUUACACUCAGCUUAAACUUUCAGGCCUUCUUCCAUCUGCAUAUUGGCUUGGACAAGCCAUUGUUGAUAUCCCGUUAUUUUUUAUUGUUCUUGUUUUGAUGCUAGGAAGCUUAUUUGCAUUUCAUUAUGGGUUAUAUUUUUAUGCGGUGAAGUUUCUUUCUGUGAUUUUUUGUAUUGUUGCCUAUGUCCCAUCAGUUAUACUUUUUACCUAUAUUGCUUCUUUCACCUUUAGAAAAGUUUUAAAUACCAAAGAAUUUUGGUCAUUUAUUUACUCUGUGACAGCCCUAGUUUGCAUUGCAAUCACCGAAAUAACAUACUUUUUGGGAUACACGGCUACAACUAUUUUUCAUUAUACUUUUUGCAUCAUUAUUCCAAUAUAUCCACUUCUGGGUUGCUUGAUUUGUUUCAUAAAAAUUUCUUGGAAAAAUAAACAAAAGCAUGAGUACACCUACGAUCGAUGGGAUAGACUUUUGGUGGCUGUUGUAUCGCCCUACUUGCAGUGUCUAGUGUGGAUUUUCCUCUUACAAUACUAUGAGAAAAAAUACGGAGGCAGAUCAAUAAGAAAGGAUCCGUUUUUCAGGACCUUUUCAACAAAGUCCAAAAGUAAGAAGUUUUCAGAACCACCAAGCAAUGAAGAGGAAGAUGAAGAUGUCAAAGCUGAAAGACUAAAGGUCAAAGAGCUGAUGAAUUGCCAGUGUUGUGAGGAGAAACCAGCUAUUAUGGUCAACAAUUUGCAUAAAGAAUAUGAUGACAGGAAAGAUUUUAUUCUUACAAGAAAAGUAAAGAAAGUGGCAACUAAAUAUGUCUCUUUCUGUGUGAAAAAAGGUGAGAUUCUGGGAUUGUUAGGCCCAAAUGGUGCAGGCAAAAGCACGGUUAUCAAUAUUCUGGUCGGUGACAUUGAGCCAUCGUCAGGCCAGGUGUUUCUUGGAGGUUACUCUUCAGACUCGGCUGAAGAUGAGGAGGCAAUGAAGUGCCUGGGAUACUGUCCUCAGAUCAGCCCCCUGUGGCCGGACAUUACCCUGCAGGAACAUUUCGAAAUAUACGGAGCUGUGAAAGGAAUGAGUGCAAAUGAUAUGAAAGAAGUUAUAACCAGAAUUACAAAUGCACUUGACUUAAAAGAACAUCUUCAGAAAACUAUAAAGAAACUUCCUGCAGGAAUCAAAAGAAAGCUGUGUUUUGCUCUAAGCAUGCUGGGAAAUCCGCAGAUUACUCUGCUAGACGAACCAUCCACAGGUAUGGAUCCCAAAGCCAAACAGCACAUGUGGCGAGCAAUUCGAACUGCCUUUAAAAACAAAAAGCGGGCUGCUAUUCUGACCACUCAUUAUAUGGAGGAGGCGGAGGCUGUCUGUGACCGGGUUGCUAUUAUGGUGUCUGGUCAGUUAAGAUGCAUUGGGACAGUACAACAUCUAAAGAGCAAAUUUGGAAAAGGCUACUUUUUGGAAAUCAAACUGAAGGACUGGAUAGAAAACCUGGAAAUAGACCGCCUUCAAAGAGAAAUUCAGUAUAUUUUCCCAAAUGCAAGUCGCCAGGAAAGCUUUUCUUCCAUUUUGGCUUUUAAAAUUCCUAAAGAAGAUGUCCAGUCGCUUUCACAGUCUUUUUCCAAGCUGGAAGAAGCUAAGCAUACUUUUGCCAUUGAAGAGUACAGCUUUUCUCAAGCAACAUUGGAACAGGUUUUUGUUGAACUCACGAAGGAGCAAGAGGAAGAGGACAAUAGUUGUGGAACUUUAAACAGCACACUUUGGUGGGAGAGAAGGCAGGAAGACAGAGUUGUGUUUUGAACUCAUGUUGUGUUUUUUUAUUGAACUUACAUCUUUCCUUGAUUUUAACUUUUAUUCUAAAUAUUUAUUUUUUGAAUGUAACUAAAGAACCA